AUGAUUCCCACGACAGGACUGUCUGUCCGCCUUUCAAAGCGGGUUGCCGUCCCCGCAAUUCGCAACCAGAGGCAGUUCAGCUCCGCCCGAUCAACGCUGAGGGAAAUCCAGGAUGCCUAUAUCUUGAGUGCUUCCCGUACUCCUACCGCUAAGUUCAAUGGAUCAUUCGCCUCCGUCCCAGCUCCUGAACUAGGUGCCGUUGCAAUCAAAUCAGCUUUGAGCAAGUCAAAUAUUCCCAUUGAAAAGAUCAGUGAUGUGUAUAUGGGAAAUGUACUACAAGGAUCCGUUGGCCAAGCACCUGCUCGUCAGGCAUCGAUCUUCGCGGGUCUGCCCUCCACGGUGGAAGCUCUGACGGUGAACAAGGUCUGUGCAUCGGGGUUGAAGGCAGUGGCUCUUGCAGCUCAGAAUAUUCAGCUUGGUUUAGCCGAAGCACAAGUUGCAGGCGGCAUGGAGAAUAUGACCAGAGUGCCAUACUAUAUGCCACGUUCAAGUCAGUUGCCUCCAUUUGGUGAAAUCAAAUUGGAGGAUGGUCUGAUCAAGGAUGGCUUGUGGGAUGUGUAUAACCAGUUCCACAUGGGCAUCUGCGCAGAGCAAACAGCAAAGAAGUAUGAAGUCUCAAGAGAAGACCAAGAUCAGUAUGCCAUUCAGUCCUAUGAGCGAGCACAGCAGGCAUGGAAGGAGAACCUGUUUGCGGAAGAGAUUGCUCCUGUCACUGUCAAGAGCAAGAAAGGCGAUAUUGUUGUCGAGAGAGAUGAGGGCUUCGAAAACCUCCGCGCAGAUAAGCUUAAGACCCUGAAGCCUGCCUUCCUGCGUGAUGGCACGGGAACAGUUACUGCUGGAAACGCAUCUACCAUGAAUGACGGUGCAUCAGCUUUGGUUCUUGUUAAUAGGGAAUUGGCCCGCGAGUUUGGUGCUGGUGGACGUGCCCUGGCUCGCAUUGUAUCUACAGCUGAUGCAGCCAUUGACCCAGUCGACUUCCCUGUGGCCCCGGCCAAGGCUGUUCCGAUCGCUUUGGAACGUGCUGGUAUUACUAAGGACCAGGUCGCCGUGUGGGAGUUUAAUGAAGCCUUUGCUGCCGUGAUCAAAGCCAAUGAAAAGAUUCUUGGACUUGAGAAUGCCAGCGUCAACAUGCUGGGUGGCGCCAUUUCUCUGGGCCAUGCUCUGGGUAGCUCUGGAUCCCGUAUUCUGGUCACACUCCUCCACCAGUUACAGCCUGGUGAGUAUGGAGUGGCUGCUAUCUGUAACGGCGGUGGUGCAGCUUCUGCAAUGGUUGUGCAAAAGCUGGAUCGUGUGGAUUAA